UAUUUGUUUGUCUUUUUAAGUUGCAUAUUCCUACGAUUCUAUUUUUUCUCUGAAAACUCGCCACUGUUUUCGAUACAAGUCUAAAAUUCUGAUUCUGGAACAACACCAAAACAGUAAAUAAAUAAACAAAAUAAAAUUGUGAAAAUUUUGUAAAUUUUGUGUGAUUAAGAUUAAGUUAAUAACCUCUUAAUUCCAGUCUUAACUAUGAUAAUAACACUGCCCACCGAUUACUGCCGCUCUACCUCUACCACUUCAAAAGCUCUCUCAUUCAGUCACGCCAACGCCAACCCUAACCCUAACCCCAACUAAGCAAACAUGGCAAUGCCAGAUAGCCAGGAAUCAAUUUUACCCAGAGAUGGAACUGUGAUUGAGCAGACACUAUUUGUUAAACUUGGUCGUUGGCAAUGGUGGUUUUUGGUGGUACUCAACGUCUUCUUCGUCCUUGUGGGGCAGUCUGCUGCUGUUUUACUGGGAAGAUUCUAUUAUGACCAGGGAGGUAAUAGUAAGUGGUUGGCUACUCUUGUCCAAACUGCAGCCUUCCCAGUCCUUUUCAUCCCACUUUAUUUUCUUCCUUCAUCCAAAGAUCAAGCAAUUUCUUCAAACCCGCCUUCCAUUAAAGUUCUUGCCUUGGUUUACUUCUCUAUUGGAGUGCUCUUAGCUGGUGACAACAUGUUGUAUUCUGUCGGACUCUUGUACCUAUCUGCCUCUACUUAUUCCCUCAUAUGCGCAACUCAAUUAGCUUUUAAUGCCGUUUUCUCGUACUUCCUCAACUCUCAGAAGUUCACAAUGCUGAUUCUUAAUUCAGUGAUUAUCGUGUCAUUCUCAGCAGCUCUUAUUGCCGUCAAUGAUGAUUCCGGAGGACCAACAGGAGUCUCGAAGGGGAAAUAUAUCCUUGGCUUCAUCUGUACCAUUGGAGCCUCUGCAUUGUACUCUCUUCUGCUUUCCCUCAUGCAGCUUUCUUUCCAAAAGGUUUUGAAAAAGGAAACGUUUUCUGUGGUUCUGGAGAUGCAAAUCUAUACAGCCCUGGUCGCUACUUGUGCUGCAACCAUAGGUCUUUUUGCAAGUGGGGAAUGGAGGAGUUUGAAUGGGGAAAUGGAAAACUAUGGCAAGGGACAAGUUUCUUACGUGAUGACCCUAGUUUGGGCAGCUGUGGCUUGGCAAAUUUGUUCUGUUGGUGUCGUUGGCUUAAUUUUCGUGGUUUCUUCUCUCUUCUCCAAUGUAAUCAGUACUCUCUCUUUGGCUGUUACUCCUAUAGCCGCUGUGAUAAUCUUCCAUGACAAGAUGAACGGUGUCAAGGUAAUUGCUAUGCUUCUGGCUCUUUGGGGUUUCGCCUCUUAUAUUUAUCAGAACUAUCUCGAUGAUUCUAAGGCAAGAAAAAAACUACCUGAUGCUAGGGAACCAUAAAAUGAUUCCUCUACUUAAUGGAAAUGAUAAAACUGCACAGGAAUUGAAUUGUUUAUAUCUCACUAAAUGCUGUAGAAAUGUAUUCAUUUAGUUUUCGAUCAAUGCCAUUCUCACAUUUAAGCA